AUGGUCGCCGACGACUUGUACGAGAAGGCGCUGCCUGUGCUGCAGGACGAGGCCCUGGAUGAGGAGGACAAGACGGACAAGCUCGAGGAGCUGAUGCGCAAGGAGACCAACCUCACGGGCAAAUCACUCGAGAACAUCGUCCUGGACUGCCUGUGGCGCUAUCGCGACGCCGGCAGCUUGUCCAGCUCUCCUCCGAGCCGCCAUACCAUCAUCCGCCGGCCCUCGCCAGCUCCCUGGCAGGCCAAUCGCGCCCCUACUCCUGUCAACGCCUCGCCGCGCAUGGUACACCCUCCGCCGGGCUUCCCCAUGCCACCUGGAUUCGCGCGCACAAAGUCGUCCACCGCGUCCCCCUUUACUUCCCCGCGACCCUCGCCUCGCCUUGCUUUUUCCACACCGCAUAUCCCCCACAGCCCCAGCCUGAGCGCAUACCAGUUCAGCGAAUGUGCAAGUCCCAACACCGAGUCGUAUGGCGACCUCGAUGGCCACUCCGUCGACUGGCUAGUCAACGAUGACGCCGCGAGCACUGAGUCGUCUCUCCUGGGCGACGGCACGCUCAACGGUGCCGCGGCCGAAUGGGUCCAGCCCCAGACCAUGGACAUGGGCCCAUACGACAUGUUGCGCUCGAUUCUCAGGGACGACCGAUCAGACGAAGAGCUAGAGAAGGUCUUGGAGGCCAAUGGCUACGACCUCAGUGCCGCUCUCCUCGCACUCAUGGGACAGCAACUGGACGUACAACAACUCCCUACCACGCCCUCCGAGCACCCAGGAUACGUCAUCGGGAAGUCUAUGAGCCCAGCAUUCAGGCCUAGUACACCCGUGGGCCAGCAGAAGAGCAACAUCGUGUGCAAGUACUUUCUGUCAACCGGACAUUGCGCGCGAGCAGACUGCAGAUUCAGCCAUGACACCAGCAAGACGUUGUGCAAGUAG